GGCUUGCUGCGUCUGACCACCUAAGAGGCUGGCUCUCUGGCCGGAAAUCCGCGCUGACGAUGGCCAGGUGGGCCCACGGCGUCCCAGCGAUUCCGGGUGGUCCGGCGUGCGUGGGGCCCAGGGGCUGAUCUCCCACCUCUGCAUGGAGUCUGCCCGCCGUUGGUGCUGGAAGCCAGCUGGGACCCCGCCAGGACUAGCAGCUUGUUCCCUGGAUUUGGAAGCCCCUCCCUCAUGGGCGGGGCACUGACCUCUCCUCCCGGAGAGCGGGCUCUGCGGUCGUCGCCGAGGACUUGAUUUGCCGGGGGCCUGGGGGACGGAGCUCCUUGCCGCCCAGUUGGAAGCCCAGGGAGGAAUUCCGCGUGGCCCCCCGAGUCUCUGGGCAGCACCCGAGGGGAGGGUCCACAGGCGCCCGGGGGCGAUGCAGUCGGACGACCUCUUCAUCCGCAAGAUCCGACGGCACUCGAACCGCCCCCCGCUCACCUCGCUCUCCUUCGACACCUUCCGGGCCCCCAAGCCCCCCGCGGCCGAGGGCCCCGGCGGCCCCCCGCUGCGCUCCCCCAGGCGCACGUACCUCAUGCAUCGCAGCAACAGCGACGUGACGCUGAGCGAGGGGGAGCUGGGCCUCGUCCCCGCCACCGCCAUCCCCGCGCCCCCCGCGCCCCCCGCCCCGGGGGCUGGGCUCCACCGCAGCGGCGGCGGCACGCAUGUCCAUGAGGAGCAGCGGGCCAGCAGCCCCACCGCCCGGCGCUUCCGGGACCCCCUGCUGCUCCUGGGCCUGGCGCCCACCGAAGUCUGGGAGACGGAGGCGGAUGGCGCUGUGUCCGGGGAGGGGGCCGGGGGCGAGGGGGCCGCCCCGGCGUGGGGCCGCCACCUGGCCCACUACGACGUCCAGAGCAUCCUCUUCGAGCCGGGCGAGGCGGCCAAGGAGGCCGAGAGGCCCGGCAACGUCACGACGGGCGCCUCGGCCGCCUCGCAGUCGCAGCAGGCGGACGGGGCGCCCCCCCUCGAAGGCGUGGCGGGGACGGGGCAGGACGGGUGCCUGGUGCUCAGCUGCCCCCGCUUCCGGGUCGAGGCCGGCGGCGAGGUGGAGCGCGGGCUCGGCCAGCACCGGGGGCCGCUGGCCGGAUUCCACUGCCCGAACAUGGCCGUCUCCGUGCUGGAGGAGCCCCGGGAAAGCUACGGGCAGCGCACCAGCCGGACCAGCUACGCCAUCGAAUACGCCGACCUGGGCGCCUGCUAUUACCGGAAGCAUUUCUACGGCAAGGAGCACCAGAACUAUUUUGGGAUAGAUGAUCAGCUGGGCGCUGUCGCCGUCUCCCUGCGCCGGGAGGAGAAGGAAGGCACCGCCGGGCCGCAGUACAAUUACCGCCUCAUCAUACGCACAAGUCAGCUCCGGACUCUGCGGGGAUCCAUCCUGGAGGAUGCUGUCCCCCUCGCCGCCCGUCACACCAGCCCUCGCGGCAUCUCCCCCAAGAAGCUGUUGGAGCACGUCAUGCCGGAGCUGAAUCUGCAGUGCUUCCGCCUGGCUUCCAACUCCCCGAAGGUCCCGGAGACGUUACUCAAGCUGGAUGAGCAAGGACUCAGUUUCCAGCGAAAGGUCGGCGUGCUUUAUUGCCUGGCCGGGCAGAGCUCCGAAGAGGACAUGUACAACAACGAAAACGCCGGGCCAACUUUCCAGGAGUUCCUGAACCUGCUGGGCGACCGCGUGUGCCUUCGCGGCUUUGACAAGUACCGCGCACAACUUGACACCAAGAAUGAUUCCACCGGGACGCACUCGCUCUACACCAUGUAUCAGGACUAUGAGAUCAUGUUCCAUGUCUCCACCAUGCUGCCGUAUACCCCGAAUAACCAGCAACAGCUCCUCCGGAAGCGUCACAUUGGGAACGACAUUGUGACCAUCAUCUUCCAGGAGCCCGGCGCCCUCCCCUUCACGCCGUGCAUGAUCCGCUCGCAGUUCCAGCACGUCUUCAUCGUGGUCAGGAUGCACGAGUCCUGCAUGGAGCAAACCACCUACAGCGUCGCGGUGAGCUGCACGGAGGACAUCCCGCCCUUCGGCCCCUUCAUCCCGGCGAAGAACUGCUUCGUCAAGGGCCCGGCCUUCCGGGACCUCCUGCUCGCCAAGGCGAUCAACGCCGAGAACGCGGCCGAGCGCUCAGGGAAGUUCCACGCCAUGGCCACGCGCACCCGCCAGGAGUAUCUGCGCGACCUCGCCCUCAACCACGUCACCACCAGCACCCUGGAGGCCUCCUCGACGCGGCUGGCACUCAUGGCGCUGGCGGCGAAGAAGCGCGAGAAGUCCAGAGCGCCCAAGGGGGCGGAGGCGCACAGCGCGGGGGCCUUGGUGUGGGGCGUGUGGGCGCGGGACGGCUGCAGGGGCCCCGACAGCAAGGCUCCGGAGCUCCGGUGCUUGUUGGGCAUCUCGGCGGAGUUUCUAGUCCUCAUUGACGCCCGCGAGAAGAGGGUGGUCUUUAACUGCUCCUGCCGGGACAUCCUGGCCUGGACCUUUUCGGAGAGCUGCACUUUGGACCUCUACUACGAAACCGGGGACUACAUCUGCAUGCGUGUCGAGGAGGCGCAAGCGUCCGACAUCCGGGACAUCGUCCACCGAUUGCAGCUGGUCACCCGGGGAUGCGAGACGAGGGAGCUGACGCUGCUGCGCAACGGAGUCGGGCAGCUGGGCUUCCAGAUGGACCACGAGGGCUUCGUGACCGAGGUGGAGCGCUUCACCUUUGCUGAGAAGGCCGGGCUGCAGCCGGGGGCCCGGCUGGUGCGCGUCUGCGAGAGGGCCCUGCCCAGCCUCAGCCACCCGCAGACCUCGGAGCUGCUGCGCAUGGCCAAGAAGGUCACCAUCACCGUGGUGCCCCCGGACGAGAACGGGAAGCCCCGGAGAAGUUUCUCGGAGCUGUACCAGAAGUCCCUGCAGGAGAAGAGGAGGAGCGAACCGCCAGCCGGAGAAGCAGAACUGACCAGGCCCGGGAGCGAGGCGGGGUUCAAGCCAGCCACCCUGCAGCUGCUCCACUCGCUGUCCCUGCAGGACGGGCCCCCACACAGCCUGGCGGAGGAGAGGACGGAGUUCCUCCGGAGCCCCAGCAAGAGGGUGCUCGGGCCCCCGAACCCGACGCCAUCGCAGGACGACUCGGUUGUAUCGAAUCCUCCGCCGGAUGUCAUCUUGGCUGCCACCCCCAAGGCGCCCCCAGGCCUGGGCACGGACCAUCCUGGGGAUCCUCUGGCGAGCAGAAAAAGCCCCACCACAGAGCAAGAGCGUAAAGAUCCGCAGCCUGGAGAAAAGGCGUGUCCACACUCGGAAUCCAGCGAAACCGACAAGUUCCUGCCACGGACGCUUUCCCUGCGGAACUCCAUCACCAAAAUCCUCUCGGAAGCUAGCGAGUCCCUGGAGGAUGAGUGGGACUCCAUUGCUGGCCUGGCGUCUACCUGCAACAGCAUCUUGGAAGCGCUUUCCAGGGAAGGGCAACAGGAUCUGGAGUUCAGGGAGUCUUUCUGCAUUCAACAGCAAUCCAGUGAGGAACAGUCCCAGGAGACGCUCAGUUUGGCUGACAAGGUCUUGCAGUUGGAAUCAAAGCUGAAGUCACUUCAGGAAGACCUGCAGAGGGAGAAGGCGGAAAAGGCGGCACUGCAGGCCGAGCUGCAGAGCCUGCAGGAGAAGCGCAGCGCCUGAAAGAGGUGUCGGAGAUGGCAGCGGCCCAGCUUCACCAGCUCAUGAUGGGGCUGAGCAGCCGCGCCCCCUGUGGCUGCUGGGGCUCCCGGACCCUCCCCUCUGCCUUGGUGGCCGGAGAACAGCCGCCCGGCACGGCCACUCGCUAGAUUUUCUGCGGGCACGGCGGAGACUCGGGACGAGUCGUGCCCUGCCGUCCACUCACGCGCUGCGGCUGGAGGCGUCGCUCCCCCACUGGCCUGGGGGGCACGGCUUGCUUCCUGCCCAGGCAAACUCUUGGGUCAAAUCAGGCACGGGGCCGUCCCGUCUUCCGUCGCGAGGGGAGCCCUUUGGACCCGUUUGUGGGCAUUUAUCUGCCGAGACCUGCCGCCCACUUCCUUCGGGGGGCUCUGGCCCCCUCCUCAGUUUGUGCACCAGCCUGUCCCAGUAUUCUAGAGUCGUAUUGCCCCCCUAGCCACGGCGGGGGUCUUUUUGAUGGUUGAUGUUGUGUUGUUGGCAGGGAAGGUCCUCUUUUUCACUGGAUUACCAUUCUGAGCCCAGGACUUUUCUGGCCUGCCGGCACCAGCCAGAGAAACAGCUCAGCAAAUAAUUCUCUAGGCAAUAAUUGCAGAUCGCCUCCGAGGCAGGGGAGACCGAUCCCUGCCCCGUGUUGUUUAGUCUUAGCAUGGGCAGAGGGGAGGUGGGCAGGGAAAAGCUGGGCAAGCCGCGAGGAUCUCUCGGCGUUUUCUCUCUCUCCUCCUCGCCCGAACUUCAGCACUGAUUUGGGCUGCGUGGGGUGCCCCCAGUGAGACGGGGGUCCCAGCCAGCACGCCCAAUUAACUGUGAAAUGUUUAAAAGCUGUAACACCCCCGUCCUUGUUCCUUCUUGCCCCGUCUGGUCCUCCUUUCUGUCUGCACUUGUAACUUAUGAGUUCUUCCUAGACAGGGACAGACACUCCGUCCUGCUAUUUAUCUCACCCUCCGUGGUGCUAUCCAUUUUAUUGUUUCCCACCAUCUGAGCCUGCCCCACUUCUGAAAGAUAAGGGCUUGGGCUGACUUUCUCCCUCGUUCAAUUGUAUCCCUGUGUUCCCUUCCCUCCUUCCCUCCUUCCAAGACCAAGGUUAAGGACAAGAUGGUGAGAGGGGAAAGCCAUCUCUUCAUCUCGUCUUGCUCUCCUGUCUGUAUCGGAACUGGAUUUAUGGGCUCGCACUGUCCUCCUUUGUGCAAUAAACUUCUGUUCUGCA